AUGGACCAUCAACCCCCACCCUGCUCCGACGACGACCCAACCGCCACAACCUCCACCGCGAAGUCCGGCACCCGCCACCCAGUCUACCGGGGUGUCCGCAAGCGCCGCUGGGGAAAAUGGGUCUCCGAAAUUCGGGAGCCGCGCAAGAAGAACCGCAUAUGGUUGGGGUCUUUUCCGGUGCCGGAGAUGGCAGCGCGAGCGUACGACGUCGCCGCGUACUGCCUCAAGGGGCGGAAGGCGCAGCUCAACUUUCCCGACGAGGUGGACUCCCUGCCGCUUCCGUUAUCCCGCACGGCCAGGGACAUUCAGGCCGCCGCGGCCCAGGCGGCGCGCAUGCUGAAAGCUGCCGGCAGUGACGAGAAAAGCAGCAUUGCCGAUGACGACGGAGACAGCGGCGGCGACGAUUUUUGGGGUGAGAUUGAGUUGCCGGAGCUGAUGGACGGCGAGUACUGCUGGAGUUGCCCCGGAGGAUUCUCGUGGACUUCCUCCGGCGACAUCGUCGAUUGGACGGUUGAGGAGCUUUCGCCGCAUCAACCGUCGUUCCUGGCGUGUCUAUAA